UUACACUCAAUAAUUGCUUUAAAUAAAAAUAAGUGCCUCAAUUUGUCAGUGCUAUUGUAGCAGUACAACUCAUUAUAUUGUGACCCACUUAACAGUUCACUGCGCGCGAAAAUUGUUAAUUUUGGAUGUAUGUUUCAUGUCAUCUGUAAUGAAUUUGGAUGAUUCAAUCUGAUUGAGUGAACCGGUGAGCCUCUGGCCAGCCAGGCGUGGGUCGUCACUACUGGUUAAGGAAGGACAGGAUUGACCGUCCGGAGCCGUUUACACCGCAAACCAGCUUCGCUCGGCAAGCAUGAAGCACGCUGCGCCCGCGCUCGUCGUUAUAACACUGUUACAACUAUGCCGAGCAGAAAUAUCGGAGAUUGUACCAGGGACCUGGUUUUCGGCAAAUGCAAUCAACGAUGGAUACUCGCCGAAACCGAUAUCAGAGAUAUUCUCCACUGAACCUCCAUUCUCGCCGACAAAGCCCAUUAUUGUCCUCCCUUCCUUCUCCUCUUUACAACAAGAGGCCGAAGUCACUCAUCAUUCGACAAGUACACCUGGAUAUUAUCCAUCUAGUACCCCGUACCCGCCGACGAGCACGCCAUACCCUACCGUUAAUGUGCAGUUUGAGGAAUCAAGCUCUCCACGUCCCCCAUCAAGCAGUACUUUCCCAUCGUCGAGUGUCUCUUAUUCAUCAACGCCAAAUCCUUUUAUUACACCAUCCAGUACCCCUCUUCCAAAUUAUAACGCGAAUUUUCUUCCAUCCAGUUACUCAUCAACAUUAUCUACUUUCGAUCCCAUUGUUCCCUCCAACGCUGUGACCACGCCGUCAAAUGAGUACUUUGAUUUCUCACAGACUCCGAGAACGCCGUCCCAAGCUCCCCAGUUCACAACGCAAACAGAAACAACUCGGUCUGGCAAGAGCACCAUGUCGCAAACGCAAAGUAUAACAUACGAUGGGCCGCAAUCACAGCAACCCCUAUUUCUGCCCCCGACACAGCCCACAGCUCCUCCAAAUUACUUUGUGAUAUAUCAGAACGCGCCGCAGAUGCACCCCGCCCAAUUCCCCCAGCAACAACUAACAUCUGGCGUGACGCAGCCUCCAGUGUUCAUCACUUCUCCAAUAUCCACCACAACUCCGCUGCCUCCAUCAUCAACGUCAUUGGCCACAUUUUCUGAUGGCACCAGUUCCCCCUUCAUUACGAAUGGUCUCACGGACAGUACUGAUCGGCCGACGAUAACGUUCCGGUCAACGCCACCGACCUUAUUCUCUCGUACCACUGCUGGCUCGUUAUGUAAUUCGACCAGGUACCCUCCUCCCCGGAGCUCGCCGAGACCCUCGUUGCAGGUCCAUCCUGGUCCCCCAAGAGUUCCAUUUAUGUCUAAUCUGAAAAUUCGCGUGGUUGCACCCAAAGGCUCAAUAACGAAUGUGAAGAUUAACCCGUCAACGACAACGAAACCGCCUCCCACCAGAAGAACUAAGAAACCCAAGAAGAACUCGUAUGAUGGCUGCAUGGACUCCUGCAAAGGGAGGAAGGACCCACUAUGUGCCGUUCCAUUGGCUACUGUGAUAGUAGACCCGAAGACGUUGAGAGGCUUCAACUCGAUCUGUCACAUGGCUUGCCACAACUCGUACAAACCGGACCCAUAUGAAAAACUCGUGGACGGUCGCUGCGGCAGACUUCGAACCCGCAUCAUUCGAGUUGACGGCAACCAGAAGGUGCAUCGAGAGGAACUUAAGAAGUCCGAAUACAGUGUCAUCAACACCGGCCCCAAGACGAUCGUAGAGUUCGCGCAUGGAAAUCAAUCAAAGUAGCACUAAUUUGUGCGUGCGAUGCAAUGAAAAAAUACAAAAAAAGUGUAAUUUGCUAUACUUAAAUUGCGCUAUACUUAAAUUUCAUGAAUAUUUAAGCCAUUUGCGAGCAAGGCGUAAGCCAUUUAAAGCAAAUGAACACGUUCUCCAUGCAGCCACUACCAGUUACCUUCUCGAGAUUAUUAGUCCUUCGAGCCGGAGAAAAAUCUAUGCAAAAUAUAAAUUCAAAAACAGCUAGUGGCGGUAGUCACGGACUACAAAUUAUUGAGUUACUAAAAUAAAGGACGAAUAGAAUCCGCCUUAAAGCAAUUUUAGACACGUCCAUCGAACAGUUUGCUCUAUGCGAUUUGUGUAACACAUACAUAGUAUUUUCAUUGCUCGCGGAUAAAAUGUUGAGACCAAAAUGUAAAAUAAUAAUAAAAUGUCAGUAGGCAUUACAUAGAAGUAAUACAUUUACUACAGUUAACAUAGUUAUUGUUAUAGAAAAGUAAAAUGUAAAUAGUGACAGAUCUAACCUUUUUACAUUUAUGUACAGUCGACCGCACAUCAGAUUAUACAUUUUUAAUGCAAAAUCACCUCUGUUAUAAUUGCAUAAAGUACCACGUACCACCGUGUUU